UCGUUUUCGUACAGAUUGUUCGGUCUCAUUAAUAACCAAUAACUUUCUUGUCAAGCGCAUGGCAUCAAUCAACGUGUCAAAAAUAGAAAACUGACAAGAUGUAUCCUAUUUGAGUUUAUUUAAUUAAAUUUCUUUUAUUUUAGUUCCUGAUAAAUAAUGUCUAUUAAUCACAUCAUAGAAGAAUUUCCACUGCAUUUUGCUGUUUGGAAGAAUGAUGUGUCUGAAUUACAAAAAUCUUUAGAUUUAAAAGUGAAUGACAUUGAAAAAUUAGACCCACGAGGAAGGACGCCACUUCUGCUGGCAGUUACUUUAAGUCAUUUGGAUUGUGUAAGAAUGCUUUUAAAAGCUGGUGCUCAUGUUAAUGUGGAAAAUAAGGAGGGCUUUUCUGUUCUUCAUGAAGCAAUAAGUACUGGAGAUCCUGAGCUAAUCCAAGAUAUUUUGGAAAGAAGAGACUAUCAAAGAUAUAGCAGUCGUGUUGGAGGAAUACCAGAGCUUUUGAAAAGAAUUAGAGAUACUCCAGACUUUUAUGUAGAAAUGAAAUGGGAGUUCACAAGUUGGGUGCCUUUAGUGUCUAGAAUGUGCCCUAGUGAUACCUAUAAGGUUUAUAAAUCAGGCUCUAAUGUUAGAAUAGACACAACACUGUUGGGGUUUGACCAGUCUAAUUGGCAACGAGGAAGCAGAAGUUAUGUUUUCAAAGGUCAAGAGGAUAGUGCAACUAUGAUGGAAAUCGAUCAUGAAUCUGGUCAAGUUUAUGUAGAGCAAAUGCGAGUAGUAUCACCUCAAUUGGACGACAUUCAGGCAUUCCGUCCAUCAGCUGAAUCUGUCUCAGCCCGCCUUACUGCACCGAUUGUUACAACAUUUGUUGACACAGACAGAAUCAAUUUUGAGAGAAAUAAAUCUGGUAUAUGGGGCUGGAGAAGUGAUAGAACUGAAAUAGUGAAUAGCUUUGAAAGUAAAGUUUUUAGCGCAAACAAUGUUGAGUUGAUUACAAAAACUAGAACAGAACAUCUAACUGAAGCUGAUAAGGCAAGACAUAAAAGUGCACGUUCUCCCUUACAGUCAUUACUGGGUAUCGUUGAAGUUGAAGAAAAAUCUCCUCCUCCUAUUGCCAAUGGUGAUGAUAAAGAGUGGUCAACAAAUCCUUCCCAUAUAACUUUAGAGGAAUAUUUUAAUCCUGAGAUUGAUUUAGAAGGAAAAGAUAUAGGUCGCCCUAGAGAAAUUUCUACAAAAGUUCAGAAAUUCAAAGCAAAUUUGUGGCUUUGUGAAGAUUAUCCUUUGUCUCUUCCAGAACAAAUCCUGCCAAUAGUUGAUUUGAUGGCUAUCAGUAGCACUCACUUUGCUAAAUUACGAGAUUUCAUCACUCUACAACUACCAGCUGGUUUCCCUAUAAAAAUAGAAAUACCAUUGUUUCAUGUUUUGAAUGCACGCAUUACCUUUGGCAAUAUAUUUUCUUUGGAGGAACCAGUAGUUGGGGUGACUCCGAUACAAGAAGAAAAACCUGUAGCCUGUGUGUUGGAUGACAGCUGUUUUGAUACACCAUCAGGUUAUGUGCGUUUAGGUUCUGAAGCUCUUCGUCCUCUUAGUAUUGAUGAAGAUGAUGAAUUGCUGCAAUAUGCAAUACAACAAUCCUUAAUGGAAGCUGGAAGUGAAGAAGAUCAGGUGACAAUCUGGGAAGCUUUACGAGCUCAAAAGCCCAAUUCAAAUGGUGAAGAUGAGGAUUUGCAAAAAGCUAUACAAGAAAGCCUAUCCUCUACUGCUGCACCCAAAACUGCUUCUUCCCCUAUAGAGGAUUAUAGAUCCAGUGAAGAAACUCAACUAGAAAUAGCAUUAAAACUAUCUCAACAAGCUCAAGAAGAUGAAGCAAAACAACUUCAAGAGGAGCAAGAAAUGUUAGAAAGAGCACUGAAACUUUCAUUAGCAGAACAGUAGAAUGGAGAGACAACUAAAUUCUAUAAAAAAAUUUCCAUCUUUUUAAUGCUUUACAUUUAGAAAAUAAAUACAAAUAGGAUAAACUGUACAUUAUUCAUGCUUUCCAUAUUUUAUACAACAGAGCUUGCCCUCAGAAUAAGAAAAAAUCAUAUAAACCCUAUGUCUUCUAUAACCAAGAUGAGAUGUUACCUUUUGUAUUUUCAUGAUUUUUGCAAAAACUUUUGAGAAAAGUUACCAAACCAUGCAGACAACUAGCACAUAUUUAUACCUGAUUUUUUACAGGCAAACUUUUUUAUAAUUAUCUCUACUAUGUAUUUUAUCCAUAAGAAUUGUAAUAGCUUAAGUUUAUUUGAAUCUGAUUUUCUUACUUUCAUGAUAAUUUGAUAACUUAUUUUUAUACUUGCUACAAUCUAGUUUAAAGCUGAUAUUUAUUUGAAGUAUAUAUUUAUAUCAAGCUAUAAAUAAUAUCCUGUACAUAUAAAGUUUUAGUUUGAUUUAUUUUUAUUUAAAAUUUAAUUGAAUUUAUUUAAAAUUGACCUAACCAUCAAGUUUUCGAAGUUCAAGAACUGAUCUUAAAUGGAUUGGCAUAUUUGUUGUCUUUACUAAUUAUAUUCAAAUUAUCAUUUAUUUGUUGUUGCUAAGGUUUUUUUCAGAGAUAUAAUUAUCAGACUUUUUAUAUUUUUUAUUUGUGGUUGAUCAUUUUCAUAAAAAUGUUGGUAUUUUGAAAACUUAGACAUAUUGCAGUCUAUGAAAUGCAUAAAACAAUUUUUUAAGCAUUUUAUCGAGAUUAUUUGAAAUAAACUUUUGAUAAGAAUCAUUAUUAAGCUUAUGUGUUUGAGUCUAAAACUGGGAAGGAAUCUUCCUCCUGAAUAAUUUAUUUUCUCAGAAUAUGAAGGG